AUGGCCAGGCGCAAGCAAUCUCUGCAGCGGGUGCACGAGGAGGGGAAGCGUGUCUUCGAUGAGCUCUCCGAGAAGCUUUACACCUUGGAGGUGCAGAAGAAUGAUGUGGAUGAGGAAGUGGGCAGGCUGCAGACCUUGGUGGCCGAUUUGGAGAAUCAGUUGGCUUCGGUCCGCCGACAGCGCGAUGAGCUGCAGAGAUCCUCAGCCUCUGCCAGCACCGGAAGACCCGAGAGUGGAGGCCUUGAACUUGGCGUUGCCGUGGGCCGCAGCUCUAAGGCGUUCACCGCAUCUGUCACUUCAGAUACUCGUUCACGAGCAUCCUUGGAUUCGCCCGGACAGAAACCAGGUUCAGACGCUGCGGCCUUUUUUACGGGUCCGGAGCUGAACUGCUUGGGCUUUUGUUCCAGGUCCACCUCCGAGUUGCGAAGCUCGCCCAAGGCCAAUUUGAUGCAGGGUAAGGUUCACCCCAAUGCUAGCACUGAGGAUGUGGUUUUCCAAGAAAAAGGUUUUCGUGCCAAGAGCGCAGAGCAUUUGGUGCUUGAGGUCUUGUCAUCCCCUGAGGCGAAGCUUUGGAAGAAGUUGUCCCAUUUAGAUAGGUCGCAAGGUCCCCAUCCCCAGCAGCCGCCAGAGGCUCGGGCGCAAGUGGCUCACCUCUAUCAAGGGCCCGUGCACCACCUGCAAGGCCACUGCGUGAAAAUUCCAGAGGGAAUCACAGAGGAGGAGUGGGAAGAAGUGUACUCGAAGGUUCGCUUCAAUUCUUUCCAUCUCAACGGCUGCUGUUUUCUUCCGGUGAUGGCCUUGUUCAAUCACAGCUGUGCGCCCAAUGCGGCCAUCACACAGCUGCCCCCUCAUUCGGAGUGUCACACCGCCAUGGUGGUGGUGGCAGAGCUUGGGAUAUCCAAGGGAACAGAGAUUGUGUACAGCUACAAUUCGGAUUGCCUGACUGUGCCCCUGCAAGUCCGGCGGCAGCGGCUGCUGUCCAACUGGGGCUUCCUGUGCAAAUGCAGCAGGUGUGAGGCAGAAGACAGCCGGCCGGAAGCAGAUUCGGAAGUGCAGCAGAACUUAUUUUUCUGCGAUACGGAUGAGCUCGAAGAUCUUUUGUCACAAGAAAAUGGUAAAUUGCACGAUUUGCAGCUCUACCAUUCGCGGCAGGAGGCGGCAGAUGACCAAAUCCCUUCCAAUCUGAUGAAUCUGAAAAGUCCUUCACUUUUAGGGGAAAGAUCACUUCUAAUCGGGCAUUUUCCGCUGCAAGAUUGA